AACAAGACUGUGGAGACCAUGCUGUCUGGAACUUGGCGUCAAUCUGUCGGGCAACCAUCUGCGGUUCACAUGGUGAACCCCAGUGGGGUGACAGUUUGCGGGGUUCCCAGUGGUACCAUUGUUCUUGAGGCUCAGUAUGACUACAGCUACCGGGGAGCAGAUGGGCGGCAAGUUUGCAUAAGAGAGGGCGAACGAUUUGUUCUUCUGAAGAAGACGAAUGCAGACUGGUGGCAGGUACGGAGGAUUGGAGCAUCCAGUAAAACAAAGCCAUUGUAUGUCCCAGCCACAUAUGUGACAGAAGUACCCAUCACACCGAUGCCGUCGCCCCAGCGCCUGGUUUCAUCGAUCUCGCUGAACUCCAACUUCAGGGUACUAUCCCGGGUCUCUCUGUCUCCCAGCCUCACAGGAACUGCCAAUAAUGAACACCACCAAGUGAACAAAGCCAUCUACCACUCCAUGGAAAACCUCAACUCCAACAGUGCCUUCCAAAGUUCUGACAAGAAAACCAGCAUGAGCGUAAAUCGUUUCCCCACCCUCCCCCUCUCCGGAUUCACCUUUACUUCGAAUUCUUCCACCUCCCAGUCAAACCACCUCACAGUCCCUGGGUCCCCCUCAGCCUCCUUGGUCCAAACAGCAUCGUCAAAUCCCCGAGUGGUCCCUACGAUUACCCGGAGCCAGAGCUCCAGCAACCUGCCUGAAAACAUCACGGAGAACCCUUAUGAUGAGGUGGGGGGUGGCCUUGGAAGCCACAUCAACUACAAGAUCCCCAAGAAGUCUUGUAGCCAGUGGGACAUGGUGGGGGCUUCGGGCAAGAACAACCAUCUGCAGGUCCCGGCAGAAGCCUAUUUGUCCCAGCUGUCAUGGCAAGACUCCCCCAUUUACACCGAAAUGCAUCUGGAGAAGCGUCAGUCCCAGCCGGAGCCACCAAGCCCAGCUCCAGGGCAGCAUCCUCUUCAGAUCUUGGAUCUGUGGGAGCAGUACUCUGAUUCUGCCACUGGUAGAUGCUAUUACGUCAACAGCAUCACCAAAGAGAGGUCAUGGAAGCCCCCUCGACGGGGUCGCGCUCAAAGCAGCAACAGGAUAAAUCAUUCAGCACAGCAGGCCGGUUCAGUACAUAGUCAGACAUUACCCCGGGACACCAGCCAUCUAUCCCUGCCUCUGGCUGGAAACACUCAAAUGCAUAAGGUGUCACCUGACUUUCUCUUCGGAAGUCACCAUAAAAAUUCUGACAGCGGCUGGCAGAUGACCCAGGGCAUGCAGCAUGCCGCCUCCUCUGAGACCCUGAAUACGAUGGUGUUCACUAAAGCCGAAGCCACGUUCCACGACUCUUCACCCCUGCGUGACAACAAGCAGCAGCUCAGUCACUCACGCUCCAUGAUGGAGAAUGGCCAGCUGGUUCAGCAGCACAGAGAUCAUUCCUACAAUGUGACCAACAUCGUUGUUGAGCCGCCGUCUCCUGCGAGCUCACCCGACAGUGAAGACUGUACACCGGAGCUGGAAAAAGCAGGUCUCUUGAACAAGACAAAGAUUGCAGAAGGAGGCAGAAAACUGAGGAAGAACUGGAGUCCAUCCUGGGUGGUUUUAGUCGGGAACAGUCUGGUCUUCUUUAAAGAUCCAAAAUCCCAAACACCUUCCAGUUGGAAACCAGGAAACAGUCGCCCAGAGAGUAGCGUGGAUUUAAGGGGAGCGCACCUGAACUGGGCCAAUGAGCUGUCCAGCAAAAAAAACGUCUUCAAGCUGAGGACCGUCACUGGCAAUGAGUUCCUGCUGCAGUCAGAUACAGACUCUAUCAUCAGAGAGUGGUAUAACACCAUCAGGAAUGUCAUUGACAGGCUGGACCGUGAAAACCCAUUAGACAAUGUGCUUCAGUACUCUCUGAGGAGAGCUGGCAGCGUGGAGAUGUUGGACCAGAGCGGUGAUGAGGAUGAGAGGAGAAACUCUCUCCCUCGCUCUGCAUCCAACCUGGAAAACACAGAAAGGAAGCGAGUGAAGACCCGGCUGAAGAAGCUGAUCCUGAAGAGACCUCCUCUGCAGGCCCUGCAGGAGAAAGGCCUCAUUAAAGAUCAGGUGUUCGGCUGUCGUCUGGAGAUGCUCUGCGAGCGAGAAAGGAGCACCGUCCCUCGCUUCGUCAGGCUCUGCACCGAGGCUGUGGAGAAGAGAGGACUGGAAACUGACGGCAUCUACAGAGUGUCCGGAAACCUGGCUGUGAUUCAGAAGCUUCGCUUUCUCGUGGACCACGAGCGAGCGCUGACCACUGACGGCCGGUUCAUGUUCCCAGCGGAGUUUGUGCAAGAGGAGAAGCUGAAUUUGGACGAGAGCGAGUGGGAGGACAUCCAUGUCGUCACAGGAGCUUUGAAACUUUUCUUCCGCGAGCUUCCUGAGCCGCUCGUGCCGUACGGGUUCUUCACCGACAUCGUGGAGACAGUCAAGAUGUCAGAUUACAUGGACAAAGUGGAUCGCCUGAAGUGUCUGGUCCUCAACAUGCCUCCUCCGAACCACGACACGCUGAAGUUCAUGUGCCGGCAUCUAAGACGAGUGUUAGAACGUUCAGACACCAACAGAAUGACCACCCAGAACAUCGGCAUCGUGUUCGGGCCUACGCUGAUGCGCCCAGAGCGGGAUAAUGGCAACAUGGCAGUGAACAUGAUUUACCAGAACCAGGCGGUGGAGCUCAUCCUCAGCGAGUCUGACCACAUCUUCAGAACGAGAGGCCUCUCUUGAUCUUUUCAGACCAUGGAAGUCGGCAGCGGGCGGCUCAGUCUGCGCCUCCAAAUCGGACUGCAGCACAAAGCAACGCAACGAGAGCUUGUAGGCUCAUAUGGUGUAAAAUGGAUUUCACAUCAAAAGAUAAUUACGGGGGCAAAAAAGAACCAGG